GAGCCCUAAUUUCACACUGCCUUUGAUCUGCACCACUGUCUCUCUGGAGCUUACCCACCACCCUGUCUCGACGACAUUGAAGCUUCUUCGGCCAUUAUCGCCGGCAAUCCACCAAUAUCCUCACGGCUCACUGUAACCCACCACGCUCCCUGCUUCAGCGUUUCGCUCUCAUUUCUGGGUUGCAUUCAUUCACCCUCCCUCAGCGCCUAAUUCUCAUCUCUCAGCGGCUUUUGAUAAAAUCACUGCUGGGAAUGACAGUAUUAAAGCGCUAUGUGUUGCGAUUAUUCAUAUCUUUGAAGUACAUAACAGCGAAUGUGGUAGAUAGAAAUAAUGGACGAGUUGUCGCAACUGCAUCCACGGUGGAACACUCCAUCAAAAACUCACUUGAAUGUGGUCGGUCUUGUAACGCGAAGGCAGCAGCAAUUGUUGGAGAGGUGUUGGCUAUGCGACUCAAAGUUGACGGUCUCGAACAGGGGCAAGGAAGAGGGAUUCACGCGGACAUAAACAAAGAAAUUGAGAAGAAAGGCUUCAGAAACCGCACAAAAAUCUGGGCUAUAGUGAAUUCACUAAAGAAUAACGGAGUUAAACUCAUUCUCAACAACAAUGUCGACGACGAUGCAGCUCAAUCGAACUACCAAUAACCAUCAAAAAGCGAUCUUAUUGUUCAUCCCUAAGAAAAAAGGGGGUGGAGCUAGAGCUCGACCAUCAUGAAAGACUAGAUGCUGCUAAAAUGGAAGGUACUAUCUUUGUUAGUCAUAAUCAAAUUAAACAUCAGUCACUCAUGAUAUUUGGAAGUUUAUAAAGUAGAGGCAGCUUUUUAUCUCCGCUUAGAAAAUGGUGGCAUAUUGACAUAGUGAUACCACAGCACAUUUGGGCUAAUGAUAAUGUUAUUACAGUAAAAUGGCCUUACAUGAUCAUCAAA